UUAAAAAAAAUUUCACUUUUUUAACUUUUUUAAAAAACUUACGUAUGUAUAUCAAAUUUCUUUCUUGUUUUUACUUGCUUAAAUGAAAAGCAGACUAUAAAGUAUCGGGCUAUAUGUCUGUACAUCCAUCUGUCCGCUUUGCCAACCAACUUCUCUCCGCACUACCUAAGUGAGAGGUAUCUGUUAGUCGAGCGUAUCUAUUGUGACUCUUUUUAUAAUAAAUAUUAUAUUUUAUUUUUGUUAUAUUAUAAUCAAAAGACAAAUUUAUAAAACUUUCUCACUAAUAGACUGUUUUUGGGACUAGACCUUCUGCCUAAAAAAUUUUGGCCACCCUCAAAAGCCGCAAAAGGCUGCCGCGCCCACUUCUUCGACUGCCACAGAAAAAUGCAUCUAAAUAUGGAUGCAAAUACACUACCUUGUGCGCAUAAAUACGCCUAAUUAAAUUAACCUAUUUACUUUGAAUAUGAGAUUCAUUAAAAAUAACCUAAAUACUUCAUACAGUUGUGUUCAUAUAAAGGACAGUUUCGACUAUGUGAUACCUGUUACUUGCACUAAGUUGUUACUACUUCAUUAAUAUGAGACUAGCACUUAACGUUGGUAAGGUGUUAGAAAAUGAAUACAUUUCGAAAAUGAAUAUUUUUAGUACAAACUAUGUUGGGAGUGCUUGACAAGUAAUUGGAAACCUAAAUUUCAUACAAAUUUUAUCUCGGUGUUGAGUUGAUCAAUAAAAACUUAAUUUUUUCGUAAUAACCUGAAAAAUAUAAACUUAUUAUUCUAGGUAACUUUUUUCGUAAUAACCUGAAAAAAGAAAAACCUAUUAUUCUAGGUAACUGGAACUUAUUUAAAUAAAGUUAUAUAUUUCGGUUGCACAGUUGUUGAGCACGAGUAAUGAAUUUAGCUGCCACCAGAAAUAUUGUUAAAGAACACUUUCCAAUUUGUUUGGCAACAUGUUAAAGUUUCUUUGGCUUUUACCCAUAGUCACUAUCGCUAUACCUAAAAUUACCCAGGCUCAAAGACCGUCUUUUGCUGGCAUGAGACCUCCAGGCGGACUCACUCAGAAGAACAAAUACGCCCAAACUAAAAAUACAGCCGUGGAGAACUUUAAUGGAAGUUCAGGACCCAAGGAUACUUCGAAAAAGAAAAUUAUCAACCUUCCUUAUGGAGCACCGCAAAGGCCGCCAAUGGGAGUUCCUCUGGUUCAUCCCUCCACUCCGGAGGAGUUGUCAGCCUCGUACAGCCCCGUCAACAAAGCUGCUGGAUUUCCAACUCAAACUGCCCCAGAUAACAGCCGACUUCCCAUCGAUGCCCGAGGUGACAGGGACUGGGUAAAUAGAUUGAAGCAGCUGCCCGUGGACCAGCAGCCCUUCUGGCUUGUAAACUAUCAAGCAAUCGAAGCAAUGAGGAACAGUCCCAGACCCAGUGUUGGAAAUUAUGAAUGGCGUGGGAGUUCGUUCGGCGGUUAACGAUUUUGAAGGUUUCAUAAUUUUUAAUUUAAACACCAUUAGGAAUAAAAAGGUUCAGGAUGUUUAUUACUUUAUUUUACUUUGAAUUAUGCUUGACCUACAAAUAUAAUUUCAUAUAAUUGGCAAUACUCAGGAAAAAAGAAGAAAAUUUAGAAGGGUCGCAAAUGAACUAAAUAAUUUAUCAACGGAUAUAUGCACGAGUAUGAAUAAUGCAUAGGUCGACCUACAAAUAUACUAUUUACCAAUGUAUAUACCACCAAUAGCUGGUUAAUCUUCUGCCUUGGUCACAAAUGUUGCAAGGGAUAUUAGCAUUUUCCCUAAUAAUGUUGGUUUUAUUUUUAUGUUUACGAACAAAUCCUUGAUAACAAGGUGAUAUGAUUUAUAUUUAUUUUUCAUUUGAAAGCUGAUGAAUGAAAAUUAUUCUCUUAUCUAUUAUAACAUUUGGAAUGCACACUUAAAAAUUACUUUUAAUUCGGUGUUAUUUUUGUGCGCAAAGGUUUAUAUAUACAUCGUAUUAAAAUGUUUAUACCUUUAUAUAAAAAGGGUAAGCUAGAUUUGUUGAAAGGUUUGUAAUAGAUAUAGUAGAAGUUUCCAAUCCCAUAAGGGUAUAUGUUCAUAUACACUUGAUCAGGAUCACUAGCCGAGUAUAUCUGGCCAUGUCCGUCCGUCUGUAUGUCGUCCGUAUAAACGCCGAAAUUCCGGCAACCAUACAAAUUGGAAAACUAAAGUUUCUUAUAUCGACCUGCUAAACAGAAAAAAAUUAUUUCAUGAUUUUAAAAACCGGUUUCAUUGCAUACAUACAGACAAAUAAGCAAAUAAGAACAUUUUGGUCGCGCCGCCAAAGCCGUCACGCCCACAAUUAAAUUUUCAUAUUCGUAUUUAUUUUUUUAAAUAUCAAUAUGCCAAUAUCAAUAUACGCCCACACCGUUCAAAAAUAUUUUAGAUUUUGAUGCCAACAACCUUUGAACUUUCUCCGUAGCAUUUCCAAUUGUUAAAGUAAAUAUGAAAGGCAAAUUCGGUAAUAAGUUAUUUAUUUAGUAACUAUGCAGUAUGUAUACAUCACUUUGAAUAAAUGAUGGCUAAUAUAUAAUAUUCCUAUAUGCAUUGUUAUAUUAUUACAUUAUCGAAAUGUUUAUUUACAGUUUCUUUUACUAAUAAAAUGUACAAUUUCCUUAAAAAGUUCAUACAAAAUUUAAUAUUUAUUUUAAACAAAUAAACGAAAGCCAGAAUGGGAAAUUAGAAAUUUUAAAUAAGAAGUGAAACAGAAAGAGAAAUAUAAAACAAUGGCAUAUCAA